CUUGUACAUUGUUUGUUCCAGCAAGGCACUCAAUACACCCCCACUGUGGUUUUAUCAGAGAAGGCUUCCCCUCAUCUGAAAGCAGAGAAUAGCUUCACAUCCUACACUGAGGGAACAGUGAGCGUCUACAGCGAGGGUGCAUGCAAAAGCAAUGUGUAUUCUGAGAAUGCGAACGGUUGCUCCCCAGAGCCGUUGUACCAGAGUCGGUGGAUGAGCUCCAACACUGUGGAGGAGGUUGAAGUGCAGAGCAGCUCGGUGCAGGAGAAACCUGAAACGUACGAGGUGGAGGACGUGCUCUGUGAGACGGGCCACACCACUGGUGGAGAUUCGGCCACUGAAUCAGACACAUUUGAGUUGGAGGACUCUCAUUCAGAAAUUACAACUGAUGAAGAGCGCAGAGAGUACAAGAAACAGUUCGAUAUCUCCCUCACUGAAUACAAGAACCUCUGUGCAGAAAUGGAUGAUAUCAGUGAUCAAAUGAAUGAACUGAGCCGAGAACUGGACACACUCCACGAGGGAUCCACCAAGUUCCAGGCUGUGGCUGAUGAAUAUAAUCGACUCAAGGAUCUGAAGCGGUCUCCAGAAUACCAGGCUAUGAAGCUCCGGUGUAAAACACUGAGGCAGGAGCUGUGUCAUAUCAAACAACUGGUGAAAAAUUAUGACAGAAGCUUUGCAAGAAGAGAGAAGACUAAUAUCACUGAUCACCAGGAUUUCUUUGUCUAAAACUGUACACAUGAUGCAUGCAUACACUUUAUACAUUACAAGCGGUGUUGAGUGAGUUGUGUCUGUAAAGUUGCAGGAGUUGUAAAAUUAUUUCUUUACAGUUUGUAUAUAAAACUCCUAAAUAAAA